CUGGAGACCAUACCAACUUGUCACAUAUUGCGAAUUAAGGCCUUGAAUUCCGUUUUUGAUGCCUGAAUUCCAAGCGACCGCGCAGUCUUUCCCCUUCCCACCUACCUAAUUCACAUUCACUCUAUAUCCCCUAUCUUCUUUCAAGUCGCUAGCGAACCUUAACAGUCACCAAGAAUGAACUCCUCAUCUUCAUCUGGUUCCUCGGAACCUUUCAUUUCUAAAAACAGCAAGGACGAAUACUCGGAAGUCAGGACGAGCGAUGAAGAAGAUCCCAACCUCUUCGUCCCUCGAACCCGGCCAAAGAACCGUCUCCGUAUCAUAUUCUCAUGGAUUCUCAAGAUCGUUAUACUAGCACUGGCUCUUCACAGCUUCAUUACUCUCAGCAUAUCCGCAGCAAUCUACAUUAGGGAUGCGUCACUACCAGCAUGCUACUGCGGCACAUCUACCGCAGAAGCACUCGCCAUGGGCUGCAAAUAUGACUCCCUAGCAACCUCCUGGCUCCCGUCACACUGUCGCGACGACGAGCUAACCUCGCUGUUCGAGCAUGCGGGUAACGGUCCGGACGGGGAAUGGCUAUACCACGCCUCGAAUACCAGCUCGUCACGGCUAUUCUCUCUUGAGGAGAUGUCAUACCUAGCCGAUAAGCCGGACCCGGAGAGACAGGCGUGGUCGACAAUCGACUGGCAUAACAUGCAUUGCUUCUACACGCUCGUCAAGCAGAUGCGGGGGAAGGCCAAGAUGGAGUACACGGGAUUCCCGAACGCGACGGCGCACGCAGAACACUGCGCCGUGGCGAUGACAGAUAGGAUCCCGAGGAAUAAAAUCGUCAUUGGGAUGUCUCCCGGAUUUGGUGACCCGAGGCCGGGAGAAUUGGGAAGUACGGAAUAAGCUAGUAGUUACGUGCUUGAAUACUUAGACCGGUCAAGUUAGUUGGAUCAGGAGCUUAGCAUCCAGUCGGAAAGGGGGUUCGUCUUACGCUAGGUCUUAAUAGAGGCGAUGAUGCCUUCUUGCCCAUGGAAUUAGUUAUAUAACCCUCUCAUGUAACCUUGCCUGUUAGCUCCAGUUGCUGACACCAUCAAGUAUCCGCUCAUGCAGUGGUUAUAGUAGGUAGUCAUAGAAGUCUAGGGCAUAUUCAAUCCGUGCCGAGGCAAGCCAUCCAUAGAUGGCGAAUUAAUC